AUGGCUCAUAGUGAUUCAUCUGGAAAGCAUAUUUUCAGCACGAUACAUGACCCUGAUUUACCACCAUACAGAAGUUCUUUGAUCAAGCAAGAUGAUUCGAUCCCCGGGAUAAGAACAUUGAGACUCCAGUCUGUAAUUGUAUUGUUCUUAUCCAGAAUGGUGGGAUCAGGUAUCUUUGCAACCCCAGGAGGGAUACUGGCGGACUGCCAGGGAUCUGUGCUAUUAUUCAUGGUUACUUGGGUUAUAGGCGGUGUUAUCGCCUUGUCUGGUACCUGUGUGUAUCUGGAAUUGGGAUCUUACCUGCCCGUUAAUGGUGCUACCAAAAUCUUUUUGGAAUUCAUGUAUCCUUAUCCCCUUUACUACACAAGUUUCAUCUUUGGUGCUUUUACAAUAUUAUUCAAUUUCAGUUCUACCAAUGCUUUAGUGUUUGCCGAAUACAUUAGAUAUGCUCUUGGUUACUCCUAUCAGGAAUCUGCUAUUAAAUACCUGGCCAUUACAGCCAUCACUGCUGUGGUUUGUGCUCAUGGAUACUCCCGUAACGUCGGAUUAGCAGUUCAGAAUUUCAUUGGGUUGAUAAAGAUCAUACAAAUAUCGAUGCUUUUUUUGACCUGUAUUUACGUUUUUCUCUUUCCAGAAUCUUUGACAGGCAUUGAGAACCAUCUUCAUUUAAAAGACUUUACUUCUCUUCCUUCAACGUUUUCCAGUGUCUCUUAUGCGACAGCAACUUUAAAAGCUAUACACAGUUUUGGAGGUUGGACCAGUGCUUUCGCCGUCCAAAACGAAAUAAAGAAACCCAUUCAAACUCUCCGAUUGGCGGCGAUGAUUUCCUUGGUCUCAAUCAUUGCUCUUUAUAUAACCAUGAACCUUGCCUAUCUGAAAGUCGUACCUCAUAAGGAUAUUCAAUUUGGUGGGCAAUUAGUUGGAGCCCUUUUUUUCACCAAAUUGUUUGGCCCAUACUACGGACAUGUAUUAUUCUCUCUAUUCAUAGCGCUUGCUUCUUUAGGGAACUUACUGGUGGUCGUUUUCGUAGAUUCAAGACUCGUCGUUGAAGUUGCACGAGAGGGAUUGGUCCCAUUUUCCUCCAUACUAAGAUCAAACAGGCCCUUUCAUACCCCAUUGGCUGCAUUGAUAACUCAUGGAAUCCUCUCAUCGUUGGUCAUAAUCAUUCCAAGGAAUAGAGUUUACAGUUAUAUCAUCUCUCUCCAGUUCUACCCCAAUCAGGUAUUUCAUGCUAUCGUAUGCCUCGGAUUACUAUUUCGAAUUAGACGAAAAUUUCCCAACGUUAUAGCCCCAACAAGAGCACCAACCUUCGUUGUUUUCAUUUGUCUUUUGGGAAGUCUUUCAGUUGUGCUAUCACCAUUCAUUUCCAGCUCAAAGAAUUCAUUCAAAGAUGCUAGUUUUGCCUUUAUUGGUGUUGGAGCGUUACUUCUUCUCAGCUUUUGUUGGUUCAUACUCUAUUAUUGGUGGCCGCUACGGGGAAAUUUUUCGGUCGAAAGAGAAUGGAAAGAGGACUCGUUUGACGGCAUGACCUACUAUGAAUGUUACAAGUCUCUACGAAAUGAUGAAUUAGACGACUAUGGUUCUAUUAAUAUUGAGAAUAGAAGAUCUCUAGGUGGCGCUAACUACUGA